AUGACACCCAACCCAAACAGGACGCACCUCAACUCCGUAAUCACCUCGCGCUCGCACCGCCGCCGCCGGGUCUCCUCCCUAGUCCCCGUCUCGCUCCUCCCCACCCCCAGCUCGAUCGUCAAGACCAACCCGGCCGUCAUCCCGCCGCUCAUAGCCGCAAGACUGAUCAAGAUCAAAGCCGCAGAGGCUCGCGGGCCCACGGUGCCCGAUGAGACAAACACGUACCCGUAUCCGGUAAUUGUGGUGUGGCGUGGGAAGUAUUUUCCGGUGUUCCCGGGGUCGGUGGAUCAUGGGGGGAGGCUCAUGAAUGGUAGGCUGGCGGCUGCGAAGAUGAAUGAGCCGUUGCUGUCGACGGCGUUGUGGGCGAAGAGGCCGGCGUGGGAGAUGUAUGAGGCCAUAAAAGGCAUUCUGAGCGCCGGGUGGGGGUAUAAUAAUUCGAAGGACGAGUAUGUGUUGAAUAUAUGGGGGUAUCAUGAGGAAACAACACUCCUCACAACACUCGACGAUAUCUGUAAGCAAUACUUCCGGACCCAGGUGGACGGGAGCAAGCGGCGCGGCCCGCUGGUGCUGGGAUUUAGGCCGUAUGCGUGGGCGAAGAGAGACUGA